GAAUGUCGACCUGGCAUGUUCUGUGCCACGUCAGCCACCAACUCCUGUGCCCGCUGCUUCCUCCACUCGGUCUGCCCCAGAGGGAUGAUUGUCAAGUUCCCGGGCACAGCAGAGAGGGACAUUGUCUGUGAGCUGCCUUCCCCAGGGACCCGCCAUGACUGCUCCAGCCCAGGGGACUGCAAGGACCCCACCAGCUCCAUCCUGCAAGCCAAGCCCACCCCGAUGCCCCCAGCAACCUCCCAUGCCAGGACCACACUUCCUAGAGGGGACACCUCCCUUGUCCCAGAAGAUCCUUCAAAACAGACAAGGGUUCCCAACUCUGCCUCCUCAGGUAAUUCCCCCCUGAAGCUCUUCUCUGCUUCUUUUCCAGGGCCGUCCCCCACCGUGCCGUGCCCACCAGGGUCUGCAGACUGCGGGAAGCAGUGUGAGCCUGACUACUACCUGGACGGGGCUGGCCGCUGCACCGCCUGUGUGAGCUGUGCUCGAGAUGACCUCGUGGAGAAGAUGCCAUGCUCAUGGAACUCCUCCCGUGUCUGUGAAUGUCGACCUGGCAUGUUCUGUGCCACGUCAGCCACCAACUCCUGUGCCCGCUGCGAGGCCCUCCCUGCCUGCGCACCAGGGAUGGCUGUCCAGGCCCAGGGUAUGGCUGAGAUGGAUACCACCUCAGAGCUGCCUCCUCCAGGGACCCACCUUGACUGCAGCACCACCCCAGAGAGCAGGGAGACGCUUGAGAGCUCCCACGACACCAACACCAUGGGCUCCCUGGUGGACUCCCAGACCAUCGAGACGCUGCCCAUCCCGACAAGCGCCCCCAUCUCCCUCUCCUCCACGGGAAAGCCCAUUCUAGAUGCAGGACCAGUACUUUCAUGGGUGAUCAUGAUGCUGGUGAUAGUGCUUGGCUCUAGCUUCCUCCUCCUGUGCCACUGGAAGGCCUGCAGGAAGUGGAUUCAGCAGAAGCUCCACCUGUGCUACCCAGUCCAGACCUUCCGGCCCACGCUGGAUUCUGUAGAUGCCAGACCCAGGAGGAACCCAGCGCAGCCAAAGAGGGACACAUCAGUGGCAAAGCUGGGCAUAGAAAAACUGGGGUUGCCAAGACCCCCGCCCGUGGAGCGCUGCCUCAGCACGGGGGCAGCCUGCCCGGAGAGCCUGCCGCUGCUGGACACCAGCCCCGCCGGGGGCCCCUCAUCCCCCAGGGACCUUCCUGAGCCCCGAGUGUCCACGGAGAACACCAAUAACAAGAUUGAGAAAAUCUACAUCAUGAAGGCUGACACAGUGAUUGUGGGGACCGUGAAGGCUGAGCUGCCUGAGGGCCAGGCCCUGGCAGGCCCGGUGAGGCCUGAGCUCGAGGAAGAACUAGAGGUGGACCAUGCCCCCCGCUACCCAGAGCAGGAGACAGAGCCACCUCUGGGCAGCUGCAGGGACGUCAUGUUCUCAGUGGAGGAGGAAGGGAAGGAGGGCCCCUUACCCAUAACCACCUCUGGGAAGUGA